AUGGCUUUCUCCGCCUCAGUUUCGCUUUUUCUUGUGAUCUCAGCGAUCACCUGUUUAAAUUCGGUUUCUGGAGAUUUGCGAGCCGAUCUAAAAGAUUUCGCGGCAUUAGUUCCACGCCGUCGAAUUGGUUUUAUCGCCGCCAGAUACUAUAUCUUCGAUCCCAAGUUCCGACAGGCUGUUGAGUUCAUCCGCAGCGAUGAGUUUCUAACGACCUGGCAGCAAGUUCGAGCUGCUCCAGAUUUUGUGAAUAUCAUUAACUAUUUGACCGAAAACGGUUCGGGCUAUGAUAUCACUACUCUUGUGGACAGUUUGUUGAAUCGUUUGCGUGCGUAUCAGCUGUCGCGCACUGUACCCGUGGAGUUGAUGUUAAGACGCGAUUUGACGACUUUCCUUUGGGAUAUUGUUCAAAGUCUUCCCCGGACCAGAAUCUACUCUUUGAUUUCCCAGAAAAAGCGACAGAGUAGCGAAUUUGCAAAACUCUACAAGGCUCUCAGGGAUAAAGAGUUCAAGGAGCUGGUGCAGAGUGCCAGGCGUUCCGGACAGCUGCAAGCACCUAUAAAAAAAUUAAAACAAAAAAGCAUUAAUGUCGAUGAACUUCUCCAAAUUCUGUUUGAGGUCAUCAGUUGGGGUCCCCAAAUAUCUUAGCUGAUAGUGAGCUAAUACCCAUCCUAAGAAAUUGGAUACCUAUAUUUAUUUCAUAAACAUAUGAAAACUCAUCAAAACUUUA